CUCACAUAAUAUAUGUUCACAUUAUUAUAUUUAUAAACAUAAAAAAAUUAUUUUCCGUUGGCUACCAAUUAUAAAACAGAUUUAUUGUUGAUUUUAUCAAAGAUUUGCUUUAAUUUCAAUACGAGAUAGUAGAUUAAUUGUUUUGUAAAGUGGGGAAAAUCAGGACGCCCGACCGCAUAACCUCGAAAAUUUGAGAUUUGUAAUCAAACGUUCGUGACAUGUGCGCUCGGAAAUUCAUCGUUUUUUUGAUUGCUUAUCAACGUAAACCUUCAAAAAUGGAUUAGUUUUGUUUAUCGUCACGUAGAUUUUCUCGAUUAAUUCGUUAAGUUUGUAACAACAAUAAUAAAUAUUGGAUGUAUAGUUUAGCCUAGAGAUUAGGAAAGGAAUGCAGAAAUAUGAAGAUUCUCAAAGAUAAACAGCAGCGGAGAAUGGAAAGGAAACAUAAGAAAAUGGCAGCUCUGAUAGAAUUAACAAAAUUAAAUGAUGAUGAGAGAGCAGCAAGAGAGUUUGGUUCAAGAAGCUCCAGUGGUGUGGAAAACAAUGAAGAACUUCAGAGCUCGCAGGGCUCAUUGAGCAAUGACGCAUCUACUCGUAAGCGAGUUUGUCCAGCUAUAUCUGGUCACUCUGAAACAGAAAAUGUGAAUGAUGAUAAGAACACUGAAAAUCCUGAAUCAAUGGAAGUAUCAGCGACAAAAAAACCUCGGCUCAACGGAGAGGAGUACAUGAAACUGAAACAACAACUGAAAGAACGCAAACAAAAAUUGCGAGUAAUACCAAGAUUUCGCUUAAAAGGCUUUGGUGAAAGUGCGAGUCUGGCUAUUGUUUCCGAGGCAGAUCGCAUUCCAAUAUUUCUUAGAGAUGUUCAGCACUUGCUCAUGUAUUCGUUGCUUGGACACUUCUCACCCUAUUUACCUGCACGAUGGUGCCAUUUGGAGAAAUUCAAUAAGAUUACGCAUACAGUAGUGUUUGUCGUCGAGGGUUUCUCAAUAUACGACUACUUAUCACAUGAAUCUAUCUUCACCAAUAUUACAUCGAAAUUGGAUUUUCGUGUCGAGAUGGUUACACCUGCAGCGUACGGAGGGUCGGUUAUCGAAGAAAUCGCUACAGUUCCGUUGACCGGUUCUCAGUGUGAUGGAUUAAUAAGACGUUAUGGAUCAUUAGAUGCUGCAAUGCAAAGCACAGGUGACAUCGUGAGGUUAUUGAAAAGCGUAUUUCCGAUGCGCUCGGCAGUUGCUGAAAACGGCAGAGAAUUAACGAGGGAAGAGCUCAUUUUUCUACCACCAUCAGAUAAAUUUUCAAGAACUCAAUUGCUACUCUCCCCAUGGCAAAUGGUGGAAGAAAAUUAUCCUUUACCACUUCAGGGUGUCCUUGCAAAAAAAUAUGGCGAUUACGUUCUGACGAAAGACGAAUACAUCGAAGCUUGUGCAAAAUCUCCGAUGUUUGGUCUCGAUUGUGAAAUGUGUCGGACCACCACUGGUCUUCUCGAACUCACUAGGAUAUCUUUAGUAAAUGAAAAAAUGGAAAUUGUUUAUGAUAGUUUAGUCAAGCCUGAAAACAAUAUCACCGAUUACUUAACGCGGUACAGCGGUAUCACGAAAGAAAAACUUGAAGGUGUUACAACGAGAUUGGAAGAUGUUCAGAACAAAUUACGAGAAUUAUUGCCCCCUGAUGCCAUUCUUGUUGGUCAGAGUUUAAAUUCUGAUCUUCACAGUCUUAAAAUGAUGCAUCCGUAUGUCAUCGAUACUUCAGUCAUUUUUAAUUUAUCAGGUGACAGGUAUCGCAAGACAAAAUUGAAAAUUUUGGCACAUGAAUUUUUGAAUGAAAAAAUUCAGUCUGCCGGUAAAGCAGGGCACUGCUCAACCGAGGAUUCGCAAACAUCGUUGAAGCUCGCUAAGCUUAAAUUGGCAAACAGCGUUGAUUUCGGCGACGCUGUUCUUAUCUGCCAAAAGAACAUUGAAGCAGCACAUACGAGGAUCGAUAGGAAAAAAGAAGAUAAAGAGAAAGCCAAAGCCGAACGUUACAAUUUUGGAGUUUCUCUCUUUAAACAUGUUACGCAAGAACAAAAAACCGCUGCAAUCGUCGCGAAUAACGAAAUUAUGAACGAAUAUUCAAAAUAUUUGAAGAAUUCUUCGCUCAGUAUUAUGGACGAUGAAAAUUUCGACCAGAAGGAUCAGCUUCGUCUCGUGGUGACUGAAACUAAUAAACAUACGGUGAAGCGUUCCUGUGAAAUCGCAAUGGAACAUGCUUUAACUUUUUGUCAUGUGAGAAUGACACAAAUUGAAGAAGGAAAUGAAGAAAAAAUGGCAAAGAAUUGCAAAUCAUUGGAUAACUGGUUUGGCAAAUUGUGGGAAAGUAUGGCCGUUAACGGUCUCGCGUGUGUUGUGCUUAGUGGACAAAACAAUGCUUCGAACGGAGCAUGUUUUCUUAAUAUUAAAAAAAGUUCUAAUCCCAUUGCACCGUAGAUGUUAGGAGAGCUCUAAUUUCGUACCCCUGGCUGUACGAGUUCAGAAUUGUUGAGAAGAUUUCACGUUCUGAAGUUUCGUCCAAAAUAAUUUAAGAAUGUCUCUGCAAAUCCUUAUAUACAAAAAAAUUAGAAUUAUGGAUUCGCUGGAAGUGUGUAAAUGGAAGAUGUUGUACUAAUAAAUCUUUUAUAUUCCGUUUAUUCAA